AUGUCGCCCAACGAAUCAAAAUGGCCAUUCAAGCUUAAUCGACGUCAAAUACCGUUGGUCCCAUGCUUUGCUAUGACAAUUAAUAAAAGCCAGGAACAAUCUUUAAGUCAUGUUGGCCUAUACCUCCCGAAACAGGUUUUCACACAUGGACAACUAUAUGUGGUUGUUUCACGAGUGACAUCGCAUGAAGGAUUAACCAUAAUAAAUGUUGAUGAAGAAAUGGAACACCUGUCUGUAUCUCAAACAAACACCACCGGUGCCACCAUCACCAACAUAACCAAGCCUGGCUGCGAACGCCAAUGUGGAAACGUGACCGUUCCGUAUCCAUUUGGGAUAGGUCCAGGCUGCUUUAUGAGCGACUGGUUCGAAAUAACAUGCAACACCACGUUUACCCCUCACAAGCCCUUCAUCGGCAGUCUAGAAAUACUUGACAUCUCCGAUUCUACUUUCCGAAUUCGUAACAAAGUGGCAAGCAAAUGUUAUGAUCAACAUGGAAAUAUCACGCAAGAUAAUCCAGUGUUCACAAGUCUAGCCUGGACAUCACCCUUCACGUUUUCACAACGAAAUCAAUUCACUUUAAUUGGUUGUGAUGAUUUCGCCUUGUUUGUUGGACCUGAACAAGUCAACUCCACCAGUGGCUGCAUUGCGCUGUGUUCAAGACCUGAAGAAGUGGCGAAUGGGUCCUGUAAUGGUGUUGGAUGUUGUCAAACAUCGAUCCCAAAGGGAAUGAAGUACUACUACACUGCUGUUGGUAGUAUGGUUGCAAACCACACAAGUAUCUGGUCUUUUGAUCCUUGUACCUACUCGUUCAUGGGGGAGAAAGAACGGUUUAUUUUUAACGGGGUGUCAGAUUUUAUGGACCCAAAUUUCAAGAAUCGGACCAGGGCUAGUGUUCCAAUAUUGGUGGAUUGGGUGAUAGGUAACUUGAGCUGCAGCGAGGCAACAAGUGCUGGUGUCUUGGGUUGUCAAGCAAAUAGUCGAUGCAUCGACUCUAAUACUGGGGUUCCCGGAUACAGAUGCAGUUGCAAUCAAGGUUAUCAGGGCCAGCCAUAUCUUGAUCCAGGCUGCCAAGAUAUAAAUGAAUGUGAAGAUCCCAAUGGUAAUCCCUGCGAGGGGAUCUGUAGUAAUACUCCUGGAGGCUAUAAGUGUUCUUGCCCACACGGUUACGUUGGAGAUGGUCUGAAAAACGGACGAGCUUGUGUUGCGGAAAAUUCACAUUUCCCCGUUAUUAACUUCUCUCUAGGUAUGGGGUUUGGUUUCUUAGCCGUAUUAGUUGGAAUAACAUGGUUGUAUUUUGGUAUCAAGAAGAGGAAGCUUAUUAAAAUCCGAGAGAAGUUGUUUCAACAAAAUGGUGGUUUGCUACUGAAGCAACGAAUCAUGAGCACCGACCGCAAUGUGGAUUCAACAAAAGUUUUUACUGUCGAGGAGUUAGAGAAAGCCACCAACAGUUACGCAGAAGACAGGAUCUUGGGCCGAGGUGGUUACGGUGUUGUAUACAAAGGUAUUCUUAGUGACCAACGAGUCGUAGCAAUCAAGAAGUCUCGAGUAAUGGAUGAGACCCAAAUAGAACAAUUCAUCAACGAAGUGGUUAUCCUGACCCAAGUUAACCAUCGGAACGUGGUGAAGCUCUUGGGAUGUUGCUUAGAGAGCGAAGUUCCAUUACUUGUAUAUGAAUAUGUCUCCAACGGAACUCUCUUCAACCAUAUUCAUGAUAAAGGUAUCAUGACUUGGUUAUCUUGGGAGAAUCGUUUAAGAGUAGCCGCUGAAUCGGCUGGUGCACUUUCUUAUCUUCAUUCAGCCGCAUCCACGCCGGUCAUUCAUAGGGAUAUCAAGUCUGCAAACAUAUUACUAGACGAUAAUUACACAGCCAAGAUUGCAGAUUUUGGAGCUUCAAGGUUAGUCCCAAUAGAUCAAACACAAGUAACCACCCUUGUCCAAGGGACACUAGGGUAUUUAGAUCCUGAAUACUUCCACACAAGUCAACUAAAUGAGAAGAGUGAUGUUUAUAGCUUUGGGGUUUUGCUUGCUGAGCUUCUAACUGGGAGAAAACCUUUGUGCAUGGACAGAACUGACGAGGAAAGAAGUUUGGCUACAUAUUUCAUAGUGUCACUAAACGAGAACCGUUUGUUUCAGAUUCUUGAGCCUAGAGUUGUAAAGGAGGGUACCCUAGAGCAACUUCAAGAAGUUGCUCUACUUGUGAAAAGAUGCCUUAAACUUACCAGCGAUGAGAGACCUACGAUGAAAGAAGUGGCAAUCCAACUGGAAGGGUUACGUAAGUUUAGACAACAUCCAUGGGCAAGUCAACAUGGUGAUGAAGAGAAUGCAAACUUAAUAAACACAGAGCCUGAACCAUCUGACCUUUAUCCAGUAUCAAUGGAGCUCUCUUCGGGGUUUAGUAUAGAUAGUAGUCUUAUAUAUCCUGCAAAUGUCCUAUGAAAAUACAAUUCGUCACUAUAUGUAUGAACCUUGCAGGCUUAU